AUGAAUUGCCUGGUUCUUUCCUUGGGUGGUGGCUUCCUAUUUCAUGCCAUUGAAACAUUACUUUUAGCUUAUUACGCCUUCUUAUCGUUGGUUAGCUCACAGGGACAUUUCCCCAAGCUAGAAAAUGUGGGAGCUUUCAAGAAUGUGUCUAUUGUGCCAACUCAAGCAACGUGUGGAUUGCCAGACCGAAGUACUUUUUGUCACAGUUCUAUAGCUGUUGAAAGUAUUCAGUCCUGUACCCAGCGGUUUUGUAUUCAGGAGUGUCCAUAUAGAUCUUCACCUGCCUCCUACACUGCACUUUUCUCAACAGGCCUUGGCACUUGUAUCUCAGAAGACAAGAAUGAUUUACAUCCAGGCUCCUCCAUCAACUCUCUAAGUUUUAUUUUUCGUAAUCACAAGGAUUGUUUUUCUGUUCCCCGUUCUCAGAGGCUCGCAGAAUCAUUUACAUUAACUGUGUGGCUGAAACCUGAGCAAGAAGGUGUAAUGUGUGUGAUGGAAAAGGCCGUUGAUGGGCAGACUGUGUUCAAACUCACAGUCUCCGAAAAAGAGACCAUGUUUUAUUAUCACACAGUAAAUGGUUUGCAGCCGCCAAUAAAAGUAAUGACACUGGGGAGAAUUCUUGUGAGGAAAUGGAUUCAUCUUAGCGUGCAGGUUCAUCACACCAAAAUCAGUUUCUUUGUAGAUGGUUUGGAGGAUGACAACACUGCUUUUGAUUCAAGAAUACUUGGUGGACCAAUUGCAGACCUUGCUGCUGACGGGGCACUGCAAAUUGGGCAAAGUUUCAGUGGUUUAGAGCAAUUUGUUGGAAGAAUGCAAGAUUUUCGAUUGUACCAAGUGGCACUUACAAACAGAGACAUUUUGGAGGUAUUCUCUGGGGAAUUUCCUCACCUGCACACCCAGUCAGAAUGCCGCUGCCCAGGCAGUCACCCCCGGGUACACCCGUUGGUGCAGAGAUAUUGCAUCCCUAAUGGUGCAGAUGACACAACUAAUGACAGAGUGCUGAGGCUGAACCCAGAAGCCCAUUCCCUGUGUUAUAUCAACGAUAAUGAUAUUGGAACCUCCUGGAUUUCAUCUCUGUUAAUUAACACUGCACAUCUGGACCGUGGCGUUACUAUCACAAUAGAUUUACAAAAUGGACAGUAUCAGGUGUUCUAUAUUAUCCUUCAGUUCUAUAGUCCACAGCCGGAAGCAAUGAGAAUUCAAAGGAAAAAGAAAAAUGAUUUAAACUGGGAAGAUUGGCAGUAUUUUGCUAGAAAUUGCAGUAUUUUUGGAAUGGAUAACAAUGGCUCUCUAGAAAAUCCAGACUCUGUCAACUGUCUCCAACUUCCUAGGUUUACUCCAUACUCCCGUGGAAACAUUACUUUCAGUAUUCUUACACCUGAACCGAAUCGUCGGCCUGGUUACAAUGACUUCUACAAUACUCCAUCUCUCCAAGAGUUUGUAAAAGCCACACAAGUGAGGAUUCAUCUUCUUGGCCAGUAUCAUACAACUGAGCCUUGGGUCAACUUCAGGCACAGAUACUACGGAGUUGAUGAAAUUACAAUCAGUGGAAGGUGUAAUUGUCAUGGCCAUGCUGAUCAUUGUGAUACAAGUACUAAGCCAUAUAGAUGCCUCUGCUCCAAGGACAGCUACACGCAAGGAGAUAAUUGUGAGCGCUGUUUGCCAUUAUAUCAUGACAAGCCUUUUCGUCCAGGUGACCAAGUCCAAGCUUAUAAUUGUAAACCUUGUCAGUGCUAUGGCCGUGCAGUAAGCUGCCACUAUGACAUGGCAAUGGAUUCUUUUCCUAACGAACACUAUAGAGGAGGUGGCGGAGUAUGUGAUAACUGUCAACAUAACACCACAGGAAGAAACUGUGAGCUGUGUAAGGAUUUCCAUUACCGGCAAGCAGGUGCAGAUCUUUCAGCUGUCGAUGUUUGUAAAACCUGUGACUGCUACACAGCAGGCACCAAAAAUAAUAGCCUCCUGUGUGAUAAGAUUGGAGGCCAAUGUAAUUGUAAGAGACAUGUGUCUGGCAGACAGUGCAAUCAGUGCCAGGAAGGAUUCUACAAUCUACAACAGUCAGACCCUGAUGGCUGCAGUCCCUGUAACUGUAAUACCUCUGGGACAGUCAAUGGAGAUAUUACCUGUCACCAAAAUUCAGGCCAGUGCAAGUGCAAAGCAAAUGUUAUUGGCCUCAAGUGUGAUCGUUGUAAUUUUGGAUUUAAAAUCAGCAGAAAUUUUAAUGAACAUGGAUGUGGGCCUUGUCUGUGCAAUAUCUAUGGCUCACUGAACCAAUUCUGCAACCCUUUUACUGGGCAGUGCAAUUGUAAAGAAGACGCCAAAGGGCUUCAGUGUGACGCUUGCAUGGACAACUUCUUUGGGCUGGAUGCUACUGGCUGUAAGACUUGUGACUGUAAUGUCGCAGGAUCACUUUCUGGAAUGGUUUGCAACUCUACCACAGGGCAAUGUGUAUGUAAACCUAAUACUGGAGGAAGACAAUGCAGUGAAUGCUUAGAUGGGUAUUACAAAGUACAACAAAAUAAUUCCUUAGCCUGUCUGCCAUGUAAUUGUGAUAAUGCUGGUACAGUAAAUGGCUCUCUGUUGUGUGACAAAUCAACAGGACAGUGUCCUUGCAAAGCCGGUGUAACUGGGCUUCAGUGCAAUCAGUGUGUGCCUCAUAUGUAUAAUCUUACCAUUAGCAACCUUCUCGGCUGCCAGAUUUGUGACUGUGACUCCUUGGGGACAUUAGCAGGAACAGUUUGCGACCAGAUUAGUGGACAAUGUGUGUGCCUGCUUAAUCGUCAAGGAAGAAGGUGUAAUCAGUGUGAAUCAGGUUAUUACAUAUCUCCAUACCGUGCUUCUGGCUGCUUGCCUUGUUUAUGCCACAUAACUGGUUCAGUGAAUCAGAUCUGUAAUAGUCUAACUGGCCAAUGUGUUUGCCAAGAUGCUUCCAUAACUGGACAGAGAUGUGACCGCUGCAGAGAACUUUAUUUUGGAUUUGAUUCUGAUUCAGGGAGAUGUCAGCAUUGUAAUUGUCAUCCUUCAGGAGUCAUUAAUGGGACUUGUCAUCCUGUUACUGGACAAUGUGUUUGUAAACAAUUUGUAACUGGCUUGAAAUGUGACAACUGUGUUCCCAAUGCUAGUAAUUUGGACGUCCACAACCUAUUUGGCUGCAGUAAAACUCCAUCCCAGCAACCUCCACCCAGAGGAGAAAUUCUAAAUUCUUCUGUUAUCUAUCUUUCAUGGAACCCACCUGAUUCUCCAAAUUCCAACUGGCUUACUUACGGACUAUAUAGAGAUGAGACUGAAAUUUAUACAACGGAAGACCACUAUCCUUAUAGUACUCAGAGCUUCAGUGACACCACUUUGUUCCCUUAUACCUUCUAUUCCUAUUACCUCAAGGUCAGCAAUGUUCAUGGUUCUACAAGGAGUGCAGCAGUGAUGUACAGAACAAAAUCAGGGACACCUAAAGGAAACCUACAUUUAAAUAUAAUUUUUCCUGUUGGCCCACACACCAUUUCCUUUAAUUGGACAACCCCAUCAAACGAUUCUGGGCCUAUAGAAAAAUACGUUUUGACGUGUACUUAUUCAGUUGAUCUUCAGCCUUGUGGCCAAUAUGAAGGUUUAGAAACCUCUACAAUUAUUCGGAAUCUGGUUCCAUUUACAAAGUACAUUUUUGGUGUUCAAGCAUGUACCAGUGGAGGCUGUUUGCAGAGCCUGCCAUUGACCAUAAUUACUGCACAGGCCCCUCCGGAGGGGCAACAUUUUCCUGUGAUACAAAACAUCAGCGCUACAGAGCUCACCCUAAAAUGGUCUCCACCUACAAAACCAAAUGGUAUAAUCAUAAGGUAUGAAAUCUAUAUGAGAGGAGCAUUACGAUCAGAUGGAAAUCGUAUUCCUCCUGAAAGUCGCAUCUUCCAAAGCAGUGGAUGGCUCAGUCCUCAGCCAAUUAUGGAGUCUGCUAAUGAAAACGCAUUAAUGCCACCUCAGACCAGCACCACAAUUACUGAUCUUGAGCCAUUCACAGAGUAUGAGUUUUGUGUUUUAGCCGUAAACAUGGCUGGUAGCAUAUUUUCAGACUGGAUAUCAGGAAGAACUGGAGAAGGAGCUCCUGUAUUCAUGCCAUCUCCAUCAGUAUUCCCUCUUUCACCGUAUUCUCUCAAUGUAUCUUGGGAAAAGCCACAAGAUAAUGUAGCAAGAGGAGAGGUGAUGGGAUACAGCAUCAACGUAAUUACCACACAAAACAUGUUGCCAGUAUUUUCCCAGGUUGUGUAUAUAGCUGAAGCUCAUGAGCUGUCCUAUAUAGUGACAGGAUUAAAACCCUACACAAUGUACAACUUCACUAUUACUCUCUGCAAUCGAAUUGAAUGUGCAACCAGUGAGCCAAGCACGGGACAAACCUUAGCAGCUGCUCCAAGAAAACUUGCUGCCCCUCUUCUUGAAGGAGUAAACAGCACAGUGUUAAAGAUAAAUUGGAAUGAACCUGAAGAACUUAAUGGGCCUUCUCCCAUCUACCAGCUGGAAAGAAUGGAUUCAUCUUUAGCUAUAACGAGGGUGGAAGUAAUGAAAGGAAUCCGUUUCCCAGGAAAUGGUUAUUACAAAUUCCCCAGUUCUACUCUCCCUGCCAAUACCGACUUUACAGGUAUUAAAGUGAGCUUUAGAACCAGGGAACCUGAUGGUCUGAUUCUUUUCUCUGUGUCACCUGGGAAUCAAGAGGAAUACAUUGCACUUCAGUUACAGAGUGGACGUCCUUACUUUCUUUUUGAUCCACAGGGAUCUGCAGUGGCAGUUACUCCAAUAAAUGAUGGCGGAAGACAAUACAAUGAUAACAUUUGGCACCAUAUAAUUGCGACAAGAAAUCAGGCUUUGGGAAAAAUCACUGUGGAUAGUCAGUUCACAGGUUCGUCCUCAGCUACAAGUGGCAGUACCAUUAUUGGGGAAAACACAGGUGUUUUUGUUGGAGGACUUCCACAGGAUUAUACUAUCCUAAGAAAGGACAUGAGGACGAAGACAAUAAUCCAGAAAGGUUUUGUGGGGUGUCUCAGUGAUGUGUUUUUGAAAAAAACACACAAUCCCUAUGAAAAUUGGGAACCUUUAGAAUGGCAGGAUGCUGAAGAGCAAAACAACGUCUAUCACAGUUGGGAAGGGUGUCCCACUGUCCUUAUGGAAGGAGCACAUUUUCUUGGCAAAGGGUUCCUGGAACUCCAUUCAGAUAUUUUUCAUGGUGGACUCGACUUUGAGAUCUCCUUUAAAUUUAGAACAGACCAACUGAAUGGAUUACUUCUGUUUGUUUACAACAAAGAAGGCCCAGAUUACCUUGCAGCUGAACUGAAGAGUGGAAUUCUGAGCUUCCUGUUAAAAACUGACACUGUUUUUACACAAGUGGCUCUCUGGGCGGGGCUGUCCUAUUGUGAUGGAAACUGGAAGAGAGUAGCUGUGAAGAAGGAAGGCUCAAGAGUUUCUGCAAGUAUGAAUGAAUUGACAGAGCAUGUUUUGGAACCCCGUGCUCAGCAACUGAAAGUAAACUCUCCAGUCUAUGUAGGGGGAAUCCCCUCUGAGCUACAGAAUUUCUAUAAAGAACUAGGAUUAGAACCAGGUUUCGGUGGUUGCAUAAAGGAUGUUGAAUUUACACGAGGUGCUGUCGUUAACUUGGCAUCUGUGUCCAGCAGUGCUGUCAGAGUCAAUCUGGACGGAUGCCUAUCAACUGACAGUGCUGUUAACUGCAGGGGAAAUGACUCCAUCCUAGUCUACCGAGGCAAAGAGCAGAGUGUUUAUGAGAGUGGUCUACAGCCAUUUACAGAAUACCUGUAUAGAGUAGUUGCCUCAAAUGAAGGAGGAUCAGUGUCUAGUGUCUGGAGUCGUGGUCGGACAAGAGAAUCAGUCCCAGAAAAUGUGCCAACUCCCUCAAGAAUUCACAGCAUAAAUGGUUACAGCAUUGAGGUGACUUGGGACAAACCUGCUGGGGUCAUAGGUGUAAUUGAGAAGUACAUUUUGAAAGCAUACAAUGAGGAUGGUCCCAGUGUACCCAUCAUCAGUGCUGAGUUUACUGACACUACUAUGCUCACAGGCAUGUUGACAGGCUUGCAACCCUUCGCAAACUAUGGUGUAACCCUAACUGCUUGCACUUUGGCUGGCUGUACUGAGAGCUCACAUGCAUUGAACAUCUCCACUCCACAAGAAGCCCCUGAAGACGUACAACCACCUACAGCUAUAUCCUUUCCCACUUUUUUACUACUGAGUUGGAGUCCUCCAAAGAGACCAAAUGGUAUUAUAACACAGUAUGCUUUAUACAUGGAUGCUGUAUCAAUCUACACUGGAAAUGGAACUAAAUACAUUGUCAAAGAUUUAGCAGUUUUUAUGCCACACCAGUUCUUGCUCACUGCAUGCACGCUUGUUGGCUGUACAAACAGUUCCCAGGUCACCUUGUGUACAGCACAGCUGCCACCAGCUCACGUAGAUGCCCCAGUCCUGACUGCUUUGGAUUCCAGAACGAUAUAUGUACAAUGGAAAGAACCAGUAGAAGUAAAUGGAAUUCUGAACUGCUAUAUAUUGUAUAUGGCCAGUAGUGAGCAGAAUUUUACAAAUUGGAACAUAAUCUAUAACAACACAGAGGUUUUUCUGGAUUACACUAUCCGGCAGCUUUUCCCGGGUACUGAAUACCUCAUAAAGCUAGCUGCUUGCACUGGAGGUGGAUGUACGAUAAGUGAAGCUAGCGUAGCUAUCACAGAUGAGAGUACACCAGAAGGUGUUCCUGCUCCAAAAGCCCAGUCAUAUUCAUCUGACUCCUUUAACAUCUCUUGGACUAAGCCUGAGUAUCCGAAUGGUAUUAUUACUAGUUACGGAUUGCAUAUGAAUGGCAUUCUGAUGCAGAACUCAUCACAGCUAAGUUAUUAUGCUUAUGGACUUGUUCCUUGGAGUCUGCAUUCCUUCAGAGUCCAGGCAUGUACUGCAAAAGGUUGUGCUUUGGGUCCAUUGGUCGAAGCUCGUACAACUGAAGCUAGACCUGAAGGUACACUUGAAGUAUUUGCCACUAUUGAUGGAUCCAGAGGUGUACAAGUAAAAUGGCUAGCUCUGAAUAAACCUAAUGGGCAGUUAACCUAUGCAGUCCUCGUCACUGGUCUCUUCUAUGCCAAUCAAGAUAAUGCUAAUUACACUAUUGUAAAUGGCACAAAGAUCUUACACAGCAGCAAAGAAUCCAACAUAUGGGUGCCCAUUAGAGGACUGAUUCCAUUUGCUAACUACACUAUACAAGUUAAUGCUUCCAAUAGCCAAGGCAGCGUGAUAAGUGAUCCCAUAACACUAGCCAUGCCUCCAGGGGCUCCAGAUGGCAUGCUGCCUCCAAGGCUUUCAUCUGCCUCGCCGACCAGUCUUCAGGUUGUCUGGUCUACACCAGUUCGCAAUAAUGCUCCAGGCUUACCCAGUUAUCGACUCCAGAUGAGGCCUAGGAAUUCCACUGAUGAUAUUCUAGAGUUAUUUUCCAGUCCCUCUGCUUCCUUAAGCUACAUAGUCAAAGAUCUUCAGCCAUAUACAGUGUACGAGAUGAGAAUGAUAGUCUCCAAUGGUUAUGGUAAUACAUAUAGUGACUGGACUCCAAUGAUUACAGCAGAGGACAAGCCUGGUCCUAUAGACCCACCACUACUUUUGAAUUUUAAAUCUAGGGAAACAGUCAUCAUCUGGCAGCAUCCAUCAAAGCCAAAUGGCAACAUCAUUCAUUACAACAUUUACCAAAAUGGCCAACUGCAUGCUACAGUGCCAGGAACCCAGUCUAAUUGCACCAUACAUCAUUUGCGUCCUUAUACUGCCUAUCAGUUUCAAGUAGAAGGCUGCACCUCUAAAGGAUGCUCCCUUUCACCCAAGGCCGCAGCUAUACAGACUCUCCCAGAUGCACCUGAAGAUAUCCCUGCUCCAGAGCUGUAUUCAGACACGCCAACAUCUGUGCUUAUAUCAUGGCAACCCCCUGUUCACCCAAAUGGUUUGGUGGAAAACUUUACAAUAGAAAGAAGGGCUAAAGGAACAGAACAAGUGUCCACUCUCAUGACUCUACCUCAUAAUCAUGCCAUGAGCUAUGUUGACCAGAGUGCUGCUCUUAGCCCUUGGAAGAAGUUUGAGUACAGAAUACUGGUGAGCACCCUUAAUGGAGGCACUAACAGCAGCGCUUGGUCAGAAGUUACCACCAGACCAUCAAGGCCUGCUGGUGUUCAGCCACCUGAUGUGGAGGUGUUGGGACCAGAUUUGGUUAAGGUCUCUUGGAAACUUCCUCUCAUACCGAAUGGAGAAAUGCUUAGCUAUGAGAUCCGCAUGCCUGAUCCUCGAAUUACCAUCACCAGCAACAUUUCAUCAAUGCAAAACCAUGUGGUGACGAACCUGAUCCCUUUCACAAAUUACUCAGUCACUAUACUAGCUUGUUCUGGAGGCAAUGGCUUCCUGGGAGGCUGCACAGAGAGUUUACCUACACAUGUGACUACCCAGCCAACAAUUCCUCAGGGCAUUAGCCCCUUGUCUGUGACUCCAAUAAGUGAAUCAUUUAUUGCUAUUUCCUGGCAACUGCCCUCUAGGCCCAAUGGACCACACUUGAGAUAUGAGCUCCUGAGACGUAAAAUCCGGCAACCACUUGCAUCAAAUCCCCCUGAAGAUUUAAAUCUGUGGCACAAUAUUUACUCAGGAACUCAGUGGUUUUAUGAAGAUAAGGGUCUUAGCAGGUACACAACAUAUGAGUAUAAACUCAUAGUACACAAUGAGGUAGGAUAUACAUCAAGUGAGGAAGUGAUUGCUACUACGUUAGCAGGAUUUCCGGAGAAGGGGAGUAGCCUCACUGUGCGAACUGUUAAUCAUACGGCUAUAGAAGUGGAAUGGUCAAAACCAAAACUGCAAGAUUUGCAAGGAGAUGUUGAAUAUUAUAUCCUCUUCUGGAACUCCACUACGUAUAACAAUUCUCUGAGCAUCCAGGCCAAUGUAAACUAUGCUGUCAUUGGCGACUUGCAUCCCAACACAGAGUAUCAGGUUUUUGUUCAAGUUUUCAAUGGCGUCCACAGCAUCAACAGUGAAGUGGUGCAUGUGACUACUUCAGAUGGAGAGCCUGAGGGCAUGUUCCCUCCAGAGGUUGUCAUCAUCAACAGUACAGCUGUACGUGUCAUCUGGACAUCGCCUUCAAACCCAAAUGGUGUUGUCACAGAGUAUUCUAUCUAUGUAAAUAAUAAGCAGUACAAGACUGGAAUGAACGAACCUGGGUCCUUUCUUUUAGGAGACUUGUCUCCAUUCACUAUAUACAAUAUACAGGUUGAAGUCUGCACAGCGUACGCUUGUGUGAAAAGCAAUAAAACCCAAAUUACAACUGUGGAAGAUGAGCCAAAUGAGCUGUCAGCACCCAUAAUACACGUUCUCAGUCCAAGAUCUCUUCAAAUUGACUGGGCAUCACCAGGACAACCAAAUGGCAUUAUUCUUGGAUAUGAUCUCUUACGUAAAGCCUGGCGGAGGUGUACUGCAGCCCAGCAGCUACCAAUGAACCAGAGCAAUAGACCAUGCCUAUCACUGGAAUGUAAGAUACAUGAAAACAUCUGUGGAGACCUGUGCUAUCAUCCAGAGUCUAAGGUGUGUUGUAAUGGGAUUCUGCACAACAAUAAACCUGGCUUCCAGUGCUGUGAGGACAAGUACAUUCCAUUUAUUCUUAAUUCAUUGGGGGUUUGCUGUGGUGGUCAGAUACACGCUGUGCAACCAAAGUAUCAGUGCUGCGGUGGCUAUUACACCAAGGUAUUAGCAGGAGAAGUGUGCUGCCCUAAUGAAGAACAAAACAGGGUUUCGGUUGGAGUUGGUGACUCUUGCUGCCAGGGUACUCCUUAUUCCACGUCAGGGAAUCAGAUCUGCUGUGGUGGAUCACUCCAUGAUGGCUUCAGUCAUCAGUGCUGUGGUGGGCAAUUAGUAAGCAAAGACCUGAUCUGCUGCGGUGAUGGAGACAAGGGAACUGCACACAGACCUCUCCCAGGGAUGUUCUGUUGUGGGCAGGAAUAUGGGAAUAUGUCAGAUAUCAUAUGUUGUUCAGCUUCCAGUGGUGAGUCUAAAGCACAUGCUAAAAAGAAUGACCCAGUGCCAGGAAAAUGCUGUGAGACUGAACUUAUUCCGAAGAGCGAGGAAUGCUGUAAUGGAGUUGGAUAUAAUCCUUUGAAAUAUGUUUGCUCUGACAAGAUUUCAGCUGGAAUGAUGAUGAAGGUAAAAGAAGAAUGCAAAGCUAGCACCCUGUGCCCUGAAUCCAUGAAAGCAACAGCAUAUUGCGGAAGAUGUGACUUUAACCCAAGUGUCCACAUCUGUGCUUGGGUUAAAGGCUCUCAGAAUGCUCCAGAAAAGGAGGCAAAUGACGGUGUGUGUCCAACUGCAGAAGAGACUGUCUACAGUGGAGGCCCCAAUAGAUAUUCAUUUACAGACCUGAAUCUAGAGCCCUAUGUUACAUAUGAGUACAGGGUAGCUGCAUGGAACAGCUAUGGAAGAGGUUUCAGCGAAAUUGGCAGGGCUAGCACUAAGCAAGACGUGCCUCAGGGUGUAAGAGCACCGAAAUGGACCAAAGCAGAAAAUCGGGAAGACAUAAUAUUUCUGAAUUGGAAAGAACCUCUUCAACCAAAUGGUCUUAUCAUUCACUAUAUUGUUCUCCGAAAUGGGAUUGAGCAUUUUAGAGGAAGAGAACUGAGCUUCACAGACACAGGUGGUAUCCAGCCAUACCAAGAAUAUUCAUAUCAGCUGAGAGCCUGUACUGUUGCUGGUUGCACAGACAGUAGCAAGGUAGUUGCAGUCACUGUCCAAGGAGUCCCAGAGAGCGUUCAGCCACCAGUCGUCACAGCUUUGAGCUCAACAGCAUUGCAUUUGAGCUGGAUAGCACCCAGGAAACCAAAUGGCAUCAUCAGAGAGUAUCAGAUCAGUCAAAGUGGGAAAGGGCUUAUAUACACAGACACCACAGGCAGAAUGAAGCAUACUGUAUCAGGUCUCCAGCCAUACACUAACUACAGCUUCACACUUACAGCCUGCACAUCUGCUGGAUGUAGCUCUAGCCAGCCAUUUGCAGGUCGAACCUUGCAAGCUGCUCCUCAGGGAGUAUGGUCGAAGCCUCGUCAUAUCACAGUCAGCUCAACACGCGUGGAAUUCUAUUGGGGUGAACCAGAAAAACCCAAUGGACUCAUUUCUCAAUAUCGAUUGCUUCGUAAUGGAGAAGAGAUUUUCCAGGGUGGCAGCGGAAAUCUGAAUUUCACUGAUGAUGGCCUGCAGCCCAACAGUAGAUAUGUUUACCAGCUGGAAUCCAGCACUGGGGGUGGCAGCAGUACUAGUGACAAAUACGUUAUACAAACACCAGUAGAAACACCAGAGGAAAUCCAUGUUCCAUAUAAUGUCACAGUAAUGGAUGCAUAUUCCAUAUUUGUGGCUUGGGACACUCCAGGGAUAUUCAACACCAAUAUGCCUUUGGAAUAUAAUGUCUUACUAAAUGCUGGCAGUACCUCACCAUUGGUAAGACCAGUAGGGCGUCCUCAUUUUGUCCUUGUGGAUGGCCUGGAUCCAUACACACAGUACGAGAUAAGGAUACAAGCUUGCCAGAAUGGUGGCUGUGGAGUAGGCAGUCGGACAUACGCAAGGACUUCCGAAGCACCCCCUAAGGAACUGAAUCUACCUAUAGUUAGGGCAACUGGAUCUGGAGUAAUAGAAGUAAAAUGGUUACCACCUAGGAAACCAAAUGGAAUCAUAAUUAACUACUUUAUUCACAGACGUCCUGUAAACACUCAAGAGGAGCUGCUUUUAUUCAUCUGGUCUGAAGGAGCCUUGGAAUUUAUUGAUGCUUCUGAUGCACUGCAGCCAUUCACUAUCUAUGAAUAUCGUGUCAGAGCUCAAAAUUCCAGGGGGUCAGUGGAUAGUCUGUGGUCUUCAACACAAACUUUGGAAGCUCCACCUUGGGGCAUGCAAGCCCCUUGGGCACAAGCUACAAGUGCAUAUUCUGUGCUGCUGAACUGGACCCAACCUAUAUCUCCCAAUGGGGUUAUUUCUCAGUAUCGUGUGGUCUAUCAAGAGAAACGGAGUGAUCCAACGUUUAGCAUCCCAGCUAUUACAGCAUUAACUGUAACGGGAACAAAGCAUCAGGCUCACUUGUUUGGACUGAAACCUUUUACCACAUAUCACAUUAACAUUGUGGCUGUAAACAACGCUGGCCAAGUUUCGAGUCCCUGGACUUCUGUGACCACGCUAGAAGCUUCACCUAGCGGUCUGAGCAACUUCACUGUAGAGAAGAAAGAGAAUGGCAGGGCAUUGUUAAUUAAAUGGUCAGAGCCUUCCAAACCCAAUGGAGUAAUUAAGACGUACAAUAUUUUAAAUGAUGAUAAUCUGGAAUAUAGUGGUUUAUCUCGUCAGUUCCUGUUUAGACGCUUGGAGCCUUUCACACUGUACACUCUAGUACUUGAGGCUUGCACUGUGGCAGGUUGCACUCGCUCUUCACCACAGCCAGUCCAAACAGAUGAAGCACCCCCUGCGUCUCAGCUGGCACCUGUAAUCCAGUCAGUUAAUGCUACCAACAUUGAACUGAGCUGGUCUGAACCAAUUAAUCCAAAUGGAAAAAUAAUUCACUAUGAAGUUAUUCACAGAUGCACAAAAGAAAAUGCUUCAGGGAACAGAGCAACAACAGUAGAGGAGAAAAUUGUUUUCACAGAAUAUAACACUGAAAAUAAUACAUUUAAAUAUAAUGAUAAAGAUUUACAGCCAUGGACGAGGUAUGAAUAUAAAAUACGUGCAUGGAAUUCGGUGGGCUAUACCGAUAGCUCUUGGUCAGUGGCGAAGACUAGUCAAGCUGCCCCUAAAGGUCUUGCUACACCUAGGUUAACCUAUGUAUCAGUUAACCCUCAUAAAGUGCUCAUUUCAUGGCUCUCCCCAGAAGAACCAAAUGGUGUUCUCCAAUCAUAUAGGCUACAAAAAAAUGAGGUGUUCUAUCCUUUCAGCUUUGAUGCUACUACUUUCAACUAUAUGGAUGAAGACUUACAGCCUUAUUCAGUGUACAGUUAUGCAAUAGUUGCUUGUACUAUGGGAGGCUGCUCUACCAGUGAACCAGCCAAAAUCCAAACUCUAGAGGCAGCUCCAGCAUUAGUGAACCCUCCAUCUCUGCAGGCUAUCAGUGCCACUCAGAUUAAUGCAUCUUGGUCACCACCCCAGAUUCAAAAUGGAGAAAUCACGAAGUACAUAUUAAAAUUAAGUGAUGAAGAGUAUUAUGUUGGGAGAGGUUUAUCAAGACUGAUUUCAAACCUACAGCCUUGCACACAGUAUGAUUUCACGCUGGCUGCCUGUACUAAUGGAGGCUGCACAUCUAGCAUAUCCCAAUCUGUUUUGACAAUGGAGGCUCCACCACUAAAUAUGGAAGCCCCCAGGUUGCUAGUCACAGGAUCAGAGUCAAUAGAAAUCACCUGGAAAACCCCAGUGAAUCCUAAUGGUAAAAUCAGAAGUUAUGAGCUGAGGAGGGAUGGAGCUCUUAUUUAUUCGGGUCUGGAAACUCGGUACCUUGACUUCACACUAACACCAGGCAUGGAAUACAGCUAUGAUGUAAUUGCAAAUAAUAGUCAAGGAAGCACCACUAGCCCACCAGCUAAAAUUAGAACCCACCCUUCUGCUCCAUCUGGAAUGUUACCUCCUCGACUGCAGGCAUGGGCCCCAAAGGAGAUUUUGGUGGCCUGGGAUCCUCCUGCAAAAGUCAGUGGUGAUAUAAAAAAUUAUACAAUCUCUAUUCGUGAGCCUGCUGAAAUGGGAAAGAAAACUGUUUACUUUGACACCUCUCACAUUUCUUUUGUUAGACAGUCCUACGUUGCAGCAGACCUAAAACCCUACCAUAGAUAUGAAGUACAAGUUCAAGCAUGCACAUUGCAGGGAUGCGCUACUAGUGAAUGGGCAUCCAUACAGACUCUGGAAGCACCCCCUGAAAUGCAGCCUUCCCCUCUCAUAGAGAUGCAGACAAGCUCUGAUGGAUUCCAGUCAGUCGCGUCUAUUCUGUGGACUGGUCCACAGCAGCCAAAUGGGAAGAUUUUAUAUUAUGAGCUUUACCGAAGACAAGCAACUCAGACCCACAUAAAUUUAGACCUGGUGCUUGUUUAUAAUGGGACUUUAACAUCCUUCAAAGAUGCCAAGUUGCUGCCUUAUACAGAAUAUGAAUAUCAGGUCUGGUCAGUAAACUCCGCGGGCCGGACUCCUAGCAGCUGGGCACGCUGUAGAACAGGCCCGGCCCCUCCUGAAGGCCUCCACGCACCCAUGUUCUACACUGUGGCUUCCACAUUAGCUGUGGUAAACAUCAGCCCCCCUCUUAAGCCAAACGGGAUAGUUAGUCUCUACAGGCUGUUCUCGAAUAGCACCAGAGGGACCGAUGUGGUGUUGUCUGAAGGGACUGCCACCCAGCAAACAAUACAUGGACUUAAACCUUUCACCACCUACUCUGUUGGCGUAGAGGCCUGCACAUGUUUCAACUGUUGCACCAAAGGACCAGUCGCCCAACUAACCACUCAACCAGCACCACCCUCUCAACAGCCCCCUCCACAUAUACAUACCAUAACCUCAAGAACAGCUUUUUUCCAGUGGAAUGAACCUCGGUCACCGAAUGGCAUUGUGGAAAGCUAUGAACUCCACAUGUAUACUGCUUGCCCUCCACAUUUACAAAUACAGGCAAAGACCUGUAACCCUGGACCAAUUGAAGUGAAGUAUACAGGUAAAGAUCAGAAUUCCAGUGUGAGUGAUCUUCAGCCUUACACAGUCUACAACAUGAGAGUGGUGUCUUACAAUUCUGUAGGCAGCAGUGCUUCCGAAUGGACCAGCUUUACUACCAAGAAGGAGUUACCUCAGUACAAAGCUCCAUUUUCUGUUGUCAGCAAUUUAUCCAUGAUCUACCUAGACUGGAGUCACACUUUCCUACUGAACGGACAGCUGAAGGAGUAUGUGUUAACUGAGGGAGCCCAGCGUGUCUAUAGUGGCUUUGACACCAUGCUGUAUUUACCAAGGACAUCUGACAAAACCUUUUUCUUUCAAGUAACCUGUACCACCGAUGAAGGGAGCGCCAUCACACCAGUGAUCAAAUACAGCACUGCUACUGGACUUGGUCCUAUAUUAACAACUCCUGGAGAAAAGGAUGAAGCAGAGACUAAAUAUGCAAAAUUUUAUACUCAACUGUGGUUUGUGAUAUUAAUGGCAGUUCUAGGUUUGAUCCUCUUGGCUAUUUUUCUAUCCUUGAUUCUACGAAGAAAAAUAAAAAAACAACCAUAUGCAAGAGAAAGGCCUCCCUUAGUUCCACUCCAAAAGCGGACAUCACCAAUGACUGUAUAUUCACCAGGAGACACACACAUGGGACUAUCAGAUACAAAAAUUCCAGGACCCAGCUCUCCUUUGAGUAAUCGUAGCAACCGAAGUACUUCCGUUCUACAGAUACCAAGUCAAAGCCAGAUGAGUCGUACCUACUCCCAAGGUUCUUUACAUCGCAGUGUCAGUCAACUUAUCGAUGUCUAUGACAAGAAGUCCCUAAUAGAAGAUUCUGUGUGGGAUACCAUUAUACAUGGUCAUGAUAGUGGUUCGUAUGUGGAUGACGAAGACCUUGUGAAUGCCAUCAAAGGCUUCAGUACAGUAACUAAAGAACAUACAACCUUCACUGACACCCAGUUGUGAUACCUAUUUGGAGUAAGUACCACAGCCAACCCCAAGCAGCUGAAGGAGCACAAAAUCUUUGUUUUGUUCAAUUUAACAUGUAGAAAUUCAUUUCUAAUGUAACAGUUUUGGGAGUAUGUUGUAAAAAGUGUGCCUACUGGAACUUUAGCAAUAUGAAUACAUUUUCUAGGAGUACUGUUAUAACAGCCAAGAAUAGAGUUAUAUAUUGUAAAUGUGCUCUCUACAUAUAGAUCAGUGUUAAAUAUUUAUUGCAAAUAUUGUACAGUAAUAUUUCAAAAGGGGAAGGUGAGAAGAAUGUCCUAUUGUAUGUACAACGUUGUGUCACAGUACUGGCGAGACCUUAAAUAGCCAUAUAGUAUACAGAGAAGUUUCAUAAACACUUACUUUUAACAGCUGCACAUACCUAAUCCUGAAAUUUUAAUCAUGUUUCAUUAUAUUAUACUGUGGUGGGAAAUGUAUUAUCAGUGGGGAAAAAAGGGUUUUGGUCAACAAGA